AAUUAAAAUUAAGAAGGUCGUCUAGAAAUCCAAAGGAAAAAAAAGGAAAAGAAGAGUUAGGAAGGAGUGAAAGAUAUCCGUCUCCACUGUCCACCUCUCCGGUGUUAUGAAUCCACCGGGGUGGCGUUGAGAGCCUUCACAAAACCCUUGCUUUCCUGUAUACGACUCUCUCCCUUCUCUCUCAUCUGCGUCUAGGGCAACCAUGGCCCACGGUGGCUACGGCAAGCGCAGGGUGAACCCGGCAGCGCGCCGAUCGAAGGCUUUAGCUGUUGAGAAGAAGCCCAAGUCCGUCUCCCUCAAGAACCAGAUUCGAUCCGCUGAGCGCAUGCUUCGCAAGAAUUUGCCUGCUGAAGUGAGGGAGGUUCAAGAGAAGAAAUUGGAAGGACUUAGAAAACAGCAAGAAAUUCAUUCUCGUUUGGCUGUUGAGCGCAAAAUAUUCUUGCGGGAUAGGAAGAUCAAAUUUUUUGAGAGGAGAAAAAUUGAAAGAAGAAUUAGACGCCUUGAAAAACUGCAACGUGCUCCAUCUGGUCAGUCGCAAGAUUCGGAUAUUGCAGAUCAAUUGUCUAAGUUGAAGGAGGAUCUUGAAUAUGUCAGGGUAAUCUCAAAAAAACCUUUUCCUAAAAAUAUAUGUGCGAGUUUGUAUCUUUGA